AUGCUUCUUUCAAUAUUUGUUUUUAUUGGUUGGAUCAUACAAAUCUUGAUAUGCUUUUAUUUUGUUCGUUUUAUUUCCAAUAUUAUUAUUCGAUGUAUUUUAACACUUGUACCUUGUAUAAUAUUAACAUAUGUAGUGGCUUAUGAUCAUCCACCUCUUCAGAUGACUUCAAUGUUAUUUGUGACAUAUUGUUGGUUAGCAUCGAUUCGUUUGAUUCAUUUAAUUGUUCUCACACCUGAUCAAUGCCCAACAUUAAGUGAUUAUAUAUUAAAAUUUCUAUGGAUGUUCUUUCCAAUCGUACGUUGUCCACCAGAUCAACAUCAAAAAUGGCCUAUUCUUUAUGAUUUAGUCUGUGCUGGAAUUAAAAUAAUAGUCAAUCAUUGGAUUUAUAAAUGGCUUCUUAUAUGUGAAGGAAGUGACAGUUGUUUUAGAAGAAUAAUGUUUUAUAUAUUAAUAUUAACAUACUCGUUUCUCUUGGAUAUCCAAUGUGCUAUUCUUCGAACUAUUACUCAUGAUAAAUAUAUGCUGAAGCCAAUGAAUAAUUUUCCAAUAAUGUCACGUUCAUUACACGAAUUUUGGGGUCGACGAUAUAAUCAACUUGUAGGAACUAUUUUUCGGGAAUCACUUUUUCAACCUAUUCGUCAACAUUUAUCUUCUACAAAGAUUGCUCCGUUGCUAGUGUUUUUUACUAGUGGUCUACUUCACACGCAUUUGGCUAUCGUUGCACUCAAAGAUUAUCAAACGAUCAUACCUGCUUUAGUCUUUUUCGUUUUGCACGGCAUGGCUUGUACUAUCGAAGCCCACGUACCAUUUCAAUUACCUGUACUUUUAUCAUGGCUACUGACACAACUCUUUCUUCUUGUAACAGCAUCUUUACAAAUUGGUCCAUUUAUUAGAAUUGGACCGAAGUUUUAUUCUCUCAAUCCGCCACCAUUAUUCGAACAGCAAUGGAUACCAAAACUUCCGGUGCCGAAUUUUUGUCCAAAAUAG